UGGCCAAGGGCGUCCGGUUGAGACCGGAUUGCAUCACACCCAAAUAUGGAAAGCGAAGUCGAGAGCGAAACAAUCUGGAAAGUAAACAAACACAAGGGGAGUUUCUAGGCGACGACAUUUCCUCUAAAAGUGAAGUCACCAGAGAAAUGGUGCAUGCGACUAUAAAACAACACUUUAUUUUCUUGACACCAUAAAAUAUAGUGAUAACCUGUUUAAUCAUAGAAGAGACUUUUUGAAGUGAUGACAAUAAUAAAUGUAGAUCCGAAGCUGCAGCUGGGUUUAAAUAUAUGGUAUCUGUUGAUUUAGUACUUACCCAUCAUGCAAUAUAAAGUUUAUGACAUCAUCUAACUCCUUAUUAAAUGUCAGAAUGUUAAAGAAUCUUUAGAGCUGGUGGAAUAACAAUGCAAUCUAUCUAUCUAAAUUAAGAAGGGUCAGCUUUUAAACAGGCACACUUAGCAUCAGCUGAUUCAUAAAAGCUGUUGACCUAUUUUAGACAUUUCAAUGACGUUCAUGUAAACCCCGAGGAAAGGGUUAACCAGCAAUGUGAUUAUCCCAUCUUGUGAUCCCAUUUCCAGCCAUGAAAGAAGGUAUUUUGUUGGUCCAGAAAGGGUCAUAUACGUAGAGAGCUUCAGUUCAGACACCGCCGGAGCUGUAGACGCUGUGUGAGGAGGUGGAUCCGCUCAUGAUGUGUCCUGAUGCCGUGGUGGAGGAGCAGUGAAGAGUGUGAGAGCAGUGAUAUGGAGACCGGGCCCUCGACCCCCGGUGGUCCUGCUGUGGUCCUGGGCCUCCAGAGACUCUCUUUUGCUUACCAGAGCCUCUUAGAGAUCCCCUACGAGACCAUCCUUCAGCAGCAGGGCACCCUGGAGGUUCUGGACCUCAGUUAUAACUCACUGGAUGAGAACCCGGCUCUUUUGGGCAGUUUGGAGAAGCUCAGCACACUCAUCCUGGACUGCAAUAACUACAGCGCGCAUGUUAAAUUCCCCUACAUGCCCAGCCUCACCACCCUGUGGAUCAACAAGAACAAAAUCAGCAACCUGCCCAUUAUAGUGGAGGAGAUCUGCUGCAAGUUCCCAAACAUCAAGAUUCUCAGUAUGAUGAACAAUGAAGCAGCACCCAGUUACUUUAAUGGAGGCAGUCUCACGCAGUAUAUGGAUUACAGGCAGUAUGUGAUCAGUCAGAUCCCGGGUCUGGAGGUGCUGGAUGACACAGAGGUGCAGGAGAAAGAGCGUGAAGUGGCCCGAAAGACCUACAGGAUGCAGAGGAUGAGAGAAGGCAGUCGGAGGAGGAAGGAGCUUCAUCGCUAACACAUUCACUUCAGUCCACAAACAACCAAAGCAUGCCUUCCAGACUUCAUGAGCUUUAAAGCCUUUACUCAUGCACCAGAUCAUAUUCAAACUUGGAUUUAAAGUUAUGACGCCAGAAAUAUUUAAAUAUUUUAACAUGCAACCAGUUACUGUCAGGGUUAUAUGUUGCCAGGGUUAAUAAACUGUAGGCCUAUUAAAUAGAAGAACACAAUGAAAGUAUGUACAGUAUCUUCAUAUUGCUAUUACCACCAUAAAAGUCAUAGAAAUCGAACAAAUAGAAUAGCAAAACGAGAAUAACAUCAUAAGUUUUUAAUUAUAAUAGUCUAAAUUCCAAGAAUGAAGUCAUAGCAUUAUGAGGUUAGUCAUAAUAUUUUGAGAUUAAUGUCUUCAUAUUUCUGUUGCCAUCAGUUAAUGCGAGUUACAUAAUCAGAUGACUUUUUUCAGGUAGCUAUCUAAAACUACAAGUUGAAAAUAUCUCAAAAGUAAUGCAAAAGUUAGUUUCUAUAAAACGUUUCCCCAGCACUGGCUGUCACCAUAAAAUAAGCAAUAAGCCAGUGGCACUGCAGUCUAUUUUAUUGCUCAGAUAUAACAGCUGCUAAAACAGAUUAUUGAUUAAAAAUCGCCUGUAUGAUUUAGUGAUAAGGCUUAUCUCUGAUAACCUCUUCACAGAACCACAUGAACUACUAUAUUUAUCUCAGCUGCAUGUUUGAGUGUCUUAUUGUACAGUAUGUUCUUGAAAUCAAAUCACAUUUCAUUUUUCCUCAUCUAAUGCAGUAUGCAGGAAGUUUUGAAAUUGGACUGCAAAUUAUAUUUUUAUAAGCUACAAGAUCCAUGCACAUGAAUCAGAUAUGUCUAACUAAUUUAUGUAAGCAUGAAAACGGAUGUUAGACAUAUGCUCUGUGGUGUUUAUUAGCCUACAGUGGUAAUUAACUAACUAUGGCCUUUAACACACAUUCAUUACAGGGCAGAGAAACAGGCGCAGAAGCACUGAAUCAUUACCGUAAUACACAAUAUUAUAAACAAUCAGUCAAAACUGGUUAUUAUAAACUGUGCAAAAGCAUCCUAAGCUAUAGUUUUGCUUAUAUGUCUUAUAUCCCCCUUUCAGAAUAUGCAACAUUUUAAUAAUCUAACUUCAUGAGAGGAAAUGUGUUUUGAUGUUUCAUUUCUGUAAACUUGAAUUGAUGUGCAAAAUUUGUUUAAAGAUUUUUUCAUUUAGUUCCCUUCAAGAAGCUAAUACUUUUGUACGCAGAAGACAAAAUAAGUACAAUUUACCAUGCAUUUCAUUCAAAAAGUUUACACCCCUUCUGACUCUUGCUGAUGUCUCUCUCUUUUUUUAUUUGUUUUAUUAAAGUAGCCCAAUCUAUUUUCAGUUUCA